AUUAUAUUUUCAUUUUUCUCAUUGCAUUUCCUUACAUUAAAAUGUCAAGUUCAGCUUCAUUAUACAUGACUCAAGUACGAUUUUGUAGAGCACUAGCGGUAGUGCGGUGUUUACCAACAGAAAGCGGAGGAGCGUUUCAGCCAUCAAUAGCAGACCGACUAAAUUUUUAUGGACUUUAUAAGCAAACACUUGCUGGGGAUUGUAUGCUAUUAAAACCGUCUUCAAAACAUAUUGUUCAAUACGCAAAAUGGAAAGCUUGGGAUAGACUUCGAGGAGUAAGUCCGAUUGAUGCUCAAAUUAUGUACAUUCAUGCACUUAUCGACCUGUUAACUGAGUUUUUAGAGAAAUAUCCUGAUUCUGAGUUGACAGUAAGCCUAACUGAAUCAUUAGACUAUUUGCAAGAAGUUCAAGACACAGGCACCGAUCAAGAAGAAAAUCUUGUUCAAUGGGACACGAAUGAACAGGAAAAAGAAGAAUACUAUUUGGGAAGCAUUAGGUCUGAGCAGCUAUUAUCUGAACAACAAGGAUCAUACUAUUCAAGUCCUAGUGAAUUUCCCAUGACACCAGAGCUAUCACCCAGAUAUUAUCAGCAAGAGGAGCAAGAAUAUGAUAAUGAGGUAGCCACAGCGACAUCAUCCUUAUAUUUGUCUACACCAAGUCGACACCCUUAUGCUGAAUCCAGUAAAAAAAGCAGUAAAUUAGCUACAAAAAAGGCAUUAAAGAAUCUACAGAUAGAAGUAGCAGCUCUUUGUCAAGAAAUUGACCAUCUAAGAAGAGAGAAACAUCAUUCGUAUUUACGUUGGCGUGGUCUUUGGUUACUCAAAUCAGUUGCAAGGCAUACGUUUUUUAAUUUUUUGAUAAUGAUACUAGUAUUUGUUGUGUUAUGGAGAAGAAAAUCACCUAUUGCUUAUGCUAUCAUGAGUUACACUGGACCUCGUACAAGAGAUCAAAUACGUUACUUGUUUCGUCAUUUUGUCUUUUGGAAAGUCACUGCGUAAACUUUUUUUUUGUGACAUGAAAUACUCCAGUCACAUUUAAUGAAUAGAAGAAAAAAAAAGUAUAAAUUGAUUUAUUUAUUUUCUCCCCUUUUUUGCUUUUUCACUUUUUUUUUUGUAUUGCAUGGAU